GAACUUGUCUACAACGAUUGCUAUUUGAUGGUUUAAGUAAUUACAUUGUUUCAACUUGAUUCCAUGUUGUCUUGAUUAGUGAAUAUAAUUGUUUUCGUGGGAUGUUUCAAUCAAUACUUGUUUGCUUCUUCAAGGAAUAUAAUUGAUGGAAUCAACUUUAUUAAAAGAAACAAGAUGAAAUAUAAAUUAAACGAUAAGUUGUCAAAUGGAUCCUACGUUAAUCAAUCCAUCUGUCCAAUUAGAUGUUCAAUAAUAAUAAAUUUGAUUAUUUGUGCUCUGUUGCUAUUUGAAACAAUUGAUUGUUCAACAGCUCGUUUAAAUGUUGCCGAGGAAAUAUUAAAGUCGGUUAAAAAUCUCCAAGAUAAUUGCCAACAAUGGACAAGUCGACCAUUAGCAGAGGAAACAUUCAUGGAAAAUUUGGCCUCUCGGCUAAGCUUGACUGAGGCCAAAUUGGAAAAUGCCAUUUCAAAUAUUAAACUCACUGAAAAUCAGCGUUUGGUGGAAACCAAGUUGAAUUUAAUUGAAAGGCUGGUUGAAAAUAAUUUUGACCGACUGGCAAAGAAGUUCGAGGAAAUGUCUGAGACUAUUAGAGGAUUACAAACCAUGGUUAUUAUUAAUCACAAUUCAACCGAGGAAAAGAUAAAGAAACUAUUGAACACUGUAACUGGACUACUUAAUGAACAAUGGACAAAUGGACAACGAGAAGAGUCAACAUCCGCAUCAGCUGAUUUGAUUGGUGAAUUACAGACUUUCUUGGAGCAAAAGUUGAUGAACACUGAGAAACUCAUUAAUCGUCAUGUUACUCUGGUAAAGGAUGAGAUUAAAGAGUUGGUUGGUGAUUACAGAAUGAAAAGUUGGACCAACGAGUUAGCUUCCAGCAUUGUUGAUAAUAGUGAUAAUGUUGAUCUAGUGGGUGUCUUUAAUCAAAUGAGGAGUGAAGUUAACCAUAAAGUUGAUAAAAUUGAGAAUCAAGUGAAAUUUGCCAACCAGGAGAUCAAUUUCAAAUUGGACAAUCAGUUGGGUUUAUUGAAAAAUUUGACUGAUCGACAUCCAUUAAUCCGAAAUGUUCCAUCUUUUUCUUAUGAACGGAAUCAAUCAAAAGAUACACAUUCAUUAGAUUCAUCCACAUUAUUGCCAAUAUCAAUUGAAUUGAUGACAACAGAGCCAUUUACUGCCCAAACUAAUGAGACAGGAAAAUCGGAUAAACCUCUGGUCGAUAAUUUAGCCAACAAGAAGUACCGAUGCCAGAUACAGCCAAAUAAAACAGCAAUGGUCGACUGUGAAAUCAUGUCAUUCAAAUCGUCCUGGAAGACUUGCGUUGACAUUUAUAAUGACAAUAUAACUUGUGAUGGAGUCUAUUUGAUCAUGAUGGAACCGCGACCCUCACGAGUUUGGUGUGAUAUGAGUGAUAAUGGAGGUGGUUGGAUGGUAAUCCUUAGACGUGGUAACUUCGACAAUAAGUCAACUUCAAUCAGCUUCAAUCAAAAUUGGUUUCUUUAUAAAUACGGUUUUGGAGAUCAAAAAGAUGAAUAUUGGUUAGGCAAUGAACACAUUCAUCGUUUAACAAGCUCAACUCCUCAUCAACUGCAGAUUGAUCUGGAAUCUUAUGAUGGUCAGUGUAUAUCCCUUGAUUAUGGACACUUUAAAAUGGAUUCAGAGGAAAAAGCUUAUCGAUUAGUUGUUGCCGAUGCUCGAGGUCCUCAUGCAGUCAUUGGUGAACAAUUAUUACUUUACAAUAACAGCGCAUUCAACACAAGGGAUAGAGUAAACAACCAUAACUCACUUCGAUGUGGCCAUUUCAAUGGUGGUUGGUGGUUUAAUGGCUAUACUUGUUUUGAAAUAUUUUUGACUGGCGAAUUGAGUGGUCAAGAUGAUUACAAAGGACAAUUACCUGGAAUACAUUGGUAUUCCUGGAAGCCAAAUAAAGCUUUAAAAUCAGUACAAAUGAAAAUUAGACCAGUUUUAAAAUGAAAUUGUAGUGUAUUAAAACUAUUAUUACAAGUUCAUUUUUAGUAAAAAAACAACCCUUAUGACGAGAAUGUAAAUAAAAUGGAGAAUUUUUUGCCCAAAGCAAUUUUGCAGCGAUUAAGUCUGUGUAUGACAGUCAAGUAUUUGAUAAUAUCGCUGGGCGCAAAGAGUGCUUAAAUGAUUCAUUGAAUUAUUUACUCAUUUGGUGCUUUGAAAAUCUCAAGAUGAACGCUUUUGUGUACAUAAUCUGGAUUAAAACCUUUCAACUAA